UAGAGAUACUUUGAAUCUAUAGAAGUCGCAGCGGAGAGAUCAGAGGUUUUUAAUCGGUUACAUUUCAGCUUUGUGUGUAGCAGGUGGCUUUACUUGCUCGUCUUUAAAAAAUGGAUUUGCUGCUCGUCGGGGGACGCAGAAAAUUUAAAUGAAGCGGCUCAGUUGGGAACCUGGCAGAUGUCGCUGUCGUGUUACAGGGUUUCACCGUGUUAUACGUGUUCCUAGAAUUUGCUAAAUGAUAUAAGAUCGACUUACGUGCUGUAUACGGACUCUUGAAAUUGUUAUGUGAAAACGAAGGAUUUAAAAAAAAUGUUCUGGCAGACUAAGGGAUAAUUUAAUCAGGAUUGAUAAAUAUUUUUAAAUUACAGGUAAUUACCGAGUUUAGUGCGGUUUUAAAAUAAUAUUUUGGUUAAUGACGUGUUGUGUAAUUUGCGUUAUGUUUAAAAGAUGAAUGUACUGGUUUCCAGUGUCGUACAUUUACCACUAUUCUCAUGUUAUGGGCUUGGCGUAACGUACGUACAGUAUUAUUGUAAUGAUUAAUAUUAUGUGAAUGCAUAAUUUAACAUGAUCGUGAUAUGAGUCUCAGGGAAGUGCUCGCUUCAGUUGCAGUAGUUAUAUCGGACAAGUAACGUCCGGUAUUUGUAUUAAGAACGGUAUUACCCAAACAUUAGUUCUUGAGUCGUGAAGUUUACAAAAUGGAUACGUUUCUGGAUUUCGAAGAGUGCAUCAAAGAUUCGCCGACGUUCAGGAGGACGCUGGACCAGUGCGAGGACGAGGUGGCGGAGCUGGAGAGCCGUCUGGAGAAGGUCAUGAAGCUGUGCAACAGGAUGGUGGAAGCUGGGCAAGAAUACAACUCUGCUAAUGAGCUUUUCCUUGGAGCUGUGAAAGAGCUUUCCCAGUACCACCAAAAAGACAGCACUGUCAUGAACUGCCUGGGCCAGUUCACUCAGGGACUACAAGAAAUGAUCCAUUUCCACACGAUGCUGUUUGACCAGGCGCAGAGAUCCAUCACCCAGCAGCUGCAGAGCCUUCUUGUGCAGGAGCUGCCCCAGCUGCGGGAGACGCGGCGGGACUUCGUGCGGAUCGGGGAGGACCUGGAGACAGCGGGGGCGAAGAGCGCCCAGGCGUCCCGUCACAGAGCCCUGGACGCGGAGAAGGCGAGCCACCUGCUCCUGGCCACGCGCAAGUGCUUCCAGCACUUUGCCCUGGACUACUGCCUGCAGCUGAAUAAUUUUAAGACUCAACAGAAGGUGGAUGUCUUGAAUUCGAUCUUCUCCUAUUUCCAUGCCCAGUACACCUUUUUCCAUCAAGGCUAUGAUCUCCUCAAAGACCUGGAGCCAGCCAUGAAGAAGAUGGCCACCCAGCUGGCCCAGCUCUCCAUGGACAGCACAGCCAAACGGAAGGAGAUGGAGAACAACCAUCUACUAGUUCAGCAAAGGGAUGCCUCAGGGGAGGCUGUGGUGGCCAAUAGCCCUGGGACUGGAGUGACCAUAGAGGGCUACCUUUUCAAACGUUCCCGGAGAAAGAGUAAAACCUGGAAGAGAUGCUGGUUCUCCAUAGAAAACAAUCAGCUCGUGUACACAAAAUCUCACAAGGAGGAAGCCAUCGUCAUGAUGGAGGAUUUGAGGCUGUGCACCGUGAAGUCGCUGGACAACAUCGACAGGCGCUUCUGCUUUGAAGUCGUAUCAGUCCACAAGAGCUGUGCCCUGCAGGCGGACUCUGAAGAGCUGAGGCGGGCCUGGAUCAGUGCCGUCCAGGGCAGCAUUGACAUGGCCUACCGCCAGAGAGCCGAGUCCGGUCACACACAGGCGGCGCUGAGCCCCCCAUCCCCCCAGAUACGGCCCCAGCAGCAGGGCCAGGCUGCUCCGAGGCCUGCGGUCAUGGGCGUCGCCCUGGAGGGUGCUGGGAAUGGGCAGUGCUGUGACUGCGGCGAGCUCGAGCCACGCUGGGCCAGCGUCAAUCUGGGCAUCACGCUCUGCAUCGAGUGUUCGGGCAUUCACAGGAGCCUGGGGGUCCAUCUAUCCAAAGUGAGGUCACUGACUCUGGACACCUGGGAGCCUGAGCAGCUGAAGGUGGUGCGCGCCCUGGGCAACGACGCCAUCAAUCGGAUCUACGAGUCACGUCAGGAGGAGGAGGGGAGAGUGAAGCCCGGCACCAGCAGCUCACGGCAGGAGAAGGAGGCCUGGAUCAAGGAGAAAUAUGUGGAGAAGCGGUUUGUCAGGAGAGCUGUUUCCGCAACCUCAGGUAGGCUGAAAACAUUGAUGCUGUUUAUGGGGCUGCUGGUGAACUGGGCCAAUCCAGAGGAGGAGGGCAGGACGGCUCUGAUUGCUGCCGCCUGUGGGGGCUCCCUGGUGGCGUGCGAGUUCCUGCUGCAGAACGGCGCGAACGUGAACCACAGGGACCAGCGGGGCCAGGGGGCUCUUCACGUCGCCACCUUCUGGGGCCACACUGGGCAGGUGUGUCUUUUUCUGAAGAAGGGAGCCAACCAGUACGCUGUAGAUGAGAGAGGAAAGGAUCCUCUCAGCAUUGCCAUGGAAAACGCACAGGCAGACAUUGUUACACUGCUUAGGAUGGCUCGCAUGAAUGAAGAGAUGAGAGAUUCGGAAGGCUUCUAUGGAGCCAUGGGUGACGACGAGACCUUUCAGGACAUCUUCCGGGAUUUCACCAACAUGGCGUCCCAUGACCCAGAGAAGCUGUCCCGUCGGACAUUUGGGAGAGAGAAAGAAGAGGAGGCCAGCGAGGGGCUGGGGCCUGGGCAGGGGCAGGGAGAGGGCUGAAGUCUGUUAGUGCCGUCUUCUGCACUCUAGAAUGAAGAAUGCAAGAGCACCCCCUCUAGAUGGAACCAAGAAAUAUGUAGUCGCCAGUCCUUACUAAAUUUCUCCCGCUGAGAUAUGAAGCAGCAAAGCUCCUGCUGCACAUGGUCCAUCACUAUAUACUGUAUUAACCCUGAUACAUCAACUUGAAAAGAUCAACAUUUCAGUAGAAAACUAUUUAUUUUUUACCAUGCAAAAUACUGUAAUGUCGAUAUAGACUGAAAACCACUAAAUGUUGUUAUUUUUUUAAUGCUUAGAACUUUUUCUUAUUAUUACUUUCCUAAAAAUAUACUAAUUCAGUUUCAUUUUUAAAAAUAAUGAAGAAGGCUGUUUUCUGGAAGCACCUGUCCAUUUUUAAGGAUUUAACAUAUAUAAAGGGAGACGACUAAGGAAAGCAGCAGGUUACUGAUGACAGUAGAAGAGAGUGGGGAUUGCUUCUUCUUGUGGCCAGUAUUGACAUUUAAGAGUCCUACUGAAAUUAGCCAGAUGUUCUGCAUUCUGUGUAGGCUGUCAGGCUCUUAACUGCAGGGAGCUCUCUUGACAAGAAGCAAUCUGCACUCUACUGUAAAUGUCACAAUAAAAAUGCAGUGGAUCACCAACUGAAGAGCAAAUUGUACUGAUGAAGAGAAAGCAUGUUUUGAAACUCAAAGUUUUAAUAAAAGUCUAUUUUUCUAACAUACUUACAUUUCAGCAUCUGAGAAGAAAAAACAACUUUUCCCUGUUAAUGUGCGCCAUCCUUCACAGAGCACUCAAGGCGACAAUAAACGAUUCCUCUGGACUAGC